AUGCCCGUCGACAAGAUCCAAGCAUCGGGCGACUCCCGCAUCGAGUACAAGACCGCUACACUCAACGGCCACAACUACUCUUACAUUCUCAGCCAGCCUAAAUCAGGACAAUACAAGGCCACCGUCUUCCUGAUCCAUGGCUUCCCCGAUAUCUCCAUGGGAUGGCGGUAUCAGAUUCCCAUGCUCGUAGACCUGGGCCUGCGGGUGGUAGCCCCUGACUGUCUCGGAUAUGGACGAACAGACGCCCCGGACGAUUUCACCCCAUAUGCCCACAAAAGUUGCGCAGCGGACAUCAAGGCCCUAGCAACCCAUCUAGGCGAAACCCAAAUCAUCCUAGCACUCGCCUACCGCAUUGCCCUCUGGCAUCCGGAGCUAGUAAGCCACCUAUUCACGGUCUGCGUGCCUUUCCCGCAACCCAUGGCCAAGUAUAUUUCCACUGAAGACCUUGUCCGUACCUUGACACCGCACUUCGGAUACCAGCUCCAGUUGAAGAGCGGGGAAGUGGAGAAGGCUAUUCAGUCUAAGGAUGAGAUUCGUCAGUUUUUGCUUGCGCCUUAUGGGGGUCGCACGGAGGCGGGCGAGUCUGGGUUUGAUGUCACUAAGGGUAUCUUGCUUGAUAAAAUUGGCCAGUUGAAGCCUUCGCCGUUGUUGAGCGAGGAGGAGUUGGAGUUCUAUACGAAUGAGUUUGCUCGCAGUGGCGUUCAUGGGCCACUUAACUGGUACCGUACUCGUGAGGUUAACUAUCAAGAUGAGCUUGCUAUUCUCGACCGCCAGAUCCAGGUUCCUACGCUGUUUAUCCAGGCGCUGAGGGAUGAGGCUCUGCCGCCUCAUUUGGGCAAGGCUAUGCCGCAGCAGUUCCCGCAACUGACCCUGAAGCAGGUCGAUACCUCGCACUGGGCUCUGUGGGAGAAGCCUGAGGAGGUCAAUGAGAUUAUUGGAACUUGGUUGAAGGACCAUUCUGUUGCUGAUGGAAGGUCUGACAAGCUCUGA